UUUAUUUAGUAUUUUUCUCCUCGCCGAGAGGAUUCAGCCGCCUGGAAACCGCGUGUGAAAAGAACAGCAGCAAGGAGAGGGGAGGAAAAAAAAAUAAAAAAAAGGGGGGGGGUUUGGCUUGGACCCCCCCGCCCCAGUGCGGGAGGAAGGACCCGCGGCGGCCGGAGGGCGAGGAGCUGCGGCGGCCGGCGAGGGAAGGGACCGGGGCUGCGUGACCCCCGCGGCGAGGGGGGAGAGGCGAGGAAGAGACGUUUCCCGAUCCUCCCCGCCGAGGAUUUGGGGAGGUUUCCGCGCCUGGAGCCCGUGCCUUUGGAUCUAAAGAGGAUUAUUAUUUUUUUGGGGGUGGCACUGAAGCUGGAUUUGUUCCUGUGCGUGCGGCGCGGGGGGGGGACGUUUCUGCUGCCUCUAGAGGAGCCGGCGGCCCGGCCGGGGCGCGGAGAUCCCCGCGGAUCGCUCCGCACCCCCCGGGAAAGGUGCGCCGAGGGGAUCGGCGGGGGGCGGGGGAGGAGAGGCAGCUGCAGCUGCCGGGGAGGAGGCCCGGCGGAGCGGCAGCAAAGUCAUCGCUAUCGGCCCCCCCUCGGCUGGCUUCGGGCUCGGCGCUCUCCAUGUCUCUGGCUCUGGGCAGCGGCCGCCACAGCAGCGAGUAGGGGGGGAGGAGGAGGAGGAGAAGGAGGAGGAGGAGGAAGAAGAAGGGAGCCCGGGAGUGCCUCCCUCCCUCCCUCCCCCCGGCAGCCCCGGCCGCCUCCCGUCCCCUCGCCCCGCGUCCCUGCCUUCCCCUCCCCAAGAUGGGCUGUUUAGGGAACAGCAAGACGGAGGAUCAGCGCAACGAGGAGAAGGCGCAGCGGGAGGCCAACAAGAAGAUCGAGAAGCAGCUGCAGAAGGACAAGCAGGUCUAUAGGGCCACGCACCGGCUCCUCCUGCUGGGUGCUGGUGAAUCCGGUAAAAGCACAAUAGUCAAGCAGAUGAGGAUCCUGCAUGUGAAUGGAUUUAAUGCUGAGGAGAAGAAAAUGAAAAUUCAGGAUAUUAAAAACAAUAUUAAAGAAGCUAUAGAGACAAUAGUGACAGCAAUGGGCAAUUUGGCACCUCCAGUGGAACUAGCCAAUCCAGAGAACCAGUUUCGAAUCGACUACAUCUUAAAUUUAGCAAACCAGAUAGACUUCGAUUUCCCUCCGGAGUUUUACGAACACACAAAAACACUUUGGCAGGAUGAAGGUGUGAAAGCCUGCUACGAGAGAUCCAACGAGUACCAGCUGAUUGACUGUGCACAGUAUUUUCUAGACAAGAUUGACAUAGUCAAACAGAACGAGUACACCCCGUCUGACCAGGAUCUUCUCAGAUGCAGAGUUUUGACAUCAGGAAUUUUUGAAACCAAGUUUCAGGUGGAUAAAGUAAAUUUUCAUAUGUUUGAUGUCGGAGGGCAACGAGAUGAGCGCCGAAAAUGGAUCCAGUGUUUUAAUGAUGUGACUGCUAUCAUAUUUGUGGUGGCGAGCAGUAGCUACAACAUGGUGAUACGAGAGGACAAUCAGACCAAUCGGCUGCAGGAAGCACUAAACCUCUUCAAGAGUAUCUGGAACAACAGGUGGCUACGGACCAUUUCAGUAAUCCUUUUCCUGAAUAAACAAGAUUUGCUAGCAGAGAAAGUUUUGGCAGGGAAAUCUAAAAUUGAAGACUACUUUCCAGAAUUUGCUCGCUACACUACACCAGAUGAUGCAACACCAGAGCCUGGUGAGGAUCCCAGAGUUACAAGGGCCAAGUAUUUUAUUAGAGACGAGUUUCUUAGAAUCAGCACAGCAAGUGGAGACGGAAGGCACUACUGCUACCCUCACUUCACGUGUGCUGUGGACACAGAGAACAUCCGGAGGGUUUUCAAUGACUGUCGGGACAUUAUUCAGCGCAUGCACCUUCGCCAAUACGAGUUGUUGUGAUGGAGAGCACUUUUUUCUGUGUUUUGGACUCCUUAUUCCUUAUUAAAAAAAAAAAAAAAGAAAGAAACCACCCUUGCCCACAUAGGGUGGAAGAGAACUGUUUAAAUCUCCCAUUGAUUUGCACCCCUCAACUUUUUCUCCUUGCUGGACAAUAGCAGCACUUCUAAGCUUGCUUCUGUACCCCUCGGACAGUUUGAGAUGGCCCCUAACACUUAAAAGGCCAUUUCCAUGAGGAUUCCCUAACACUGUUAUUAACAAAAAAGAGAGGAAAAAAAAAAAAAACCAAACCAAAACAAGCAAACAAACAAAAAUAAAACCUAAUAAUUAAAAGCCCUGAAUGUGGAGCACCUGAAAGAAUUGGGGAUGAAAAAAUUAAAACGUUGAAACAUAAAUUGGGGGAGAGAAAACUUUAGGUAAUUUAGCACUGCUGUGGGCAUAAUCCUAGAACCCGUGAUCUCCACUUUGUAUCACUCACUGCAUCCGAGUAACGAAGGUGCCAAGUCACAGACCGAGUUUGAAGACAGACCCUUGAGUUUGGUUCUCUGACUGUAAUGUGGCUUUGGGCGGAAAUACUGACAAUUCUCCAACAGAACUAGACAGUGCAAAAACCAACUGCUACCUUUCAGAAGGGUAUUUUUAAAACCAGUCUUGGUGGUCUAAAGACAACCAUGGACAUUUAUGAAUUGAACUGCGUAUGGCCUGUGAUUGCAGAAAGAGUUAACCACACACUGUUUUCAGUUUGUCCACUGAUGAUCCCGUCUGCUCUAAAAAUCAUUAUCUGGACUGUAGUCCUCACAGUCUUUCCCUUCUUUUUCUUCUUCCCUUCCCUCAUUUUUUAUUUUACUGCUGGAUUAUUAUUCUUGUACAGACUGUAAAAUGUAUUAUUUUGUACAACUUUAUUGAAAAUAACUUGUAGAAGAUCUUUGUGCCUUGAUUAUGGCUGUACCUGUACAAUGAGCUAAGAUGUAAGUAUGUUUGAUUGCGCUGUACAGCUUUGUCAACCCUAUCUGCAGCAUUAGCUCAAGGUAGGGAAAAUUUAUCUGUAGUUUAGUUUUUCUGGUUUAUAAAAGAAGGAAAAAUACUGUUUAGUAAAAAAAAAAAAGGAAAAAAAAAGAAAAAAAAAAAAAGAAAAAAGUACAAAUUGUGCAAACUUAACCACUUUAAAAGUGAGGUCUUCAACAAGUGACCAGAUGUUGCAGCAUCGUGCUUUUUAAUUUUUAGCUUUAAUUCAUUUAAAUCUCUAUCCAAAUGCAAAACAUGGCUUGUUUCUACAUAAAACCAAAUUUUGCUACAAAUUAUAAAUGUUAGUCUUUGGUCAUUCAUAGUCCUUUUUUUGCUAAAGACAAAAAAAACAACAACAACAACAAAAAAAACCAGAACAAUAACAGACACGUAGGGCAUCAUGCAGGUCUGGUGACCAUCUCUAGACUGGGCCAAAUACCCACCAACCUCGGCUUGCGCUGCGUGGGCAACGACUACCGGAAUGACAAGGUGUGCACUGCCCUUGGAUUUGGCCACUGAAUUCCAGUUUCAAAUGACAUUUUUAUUUCUCUUUUAAUAAAGAGAUACUUUAGAACCUUUUUUUUUUUGUUUUAUAUUAACUAUAUAAGUAGCUUAAAAGUGAAGAUGUGUGGAUUUUUUCUUAAACUUGAAUAAUUUAUGCAAAUUAUAUGCUUAGAACAACAUGUGGUACAGUAAAAAGAAAAAAGAGCAAAAAUCACUGUAGCAAUAAGAGAGCAUGUAAUUUUAGUAACUACUACACUGCUUUAUAUUUUAUACCUAGGUGUUUUAUGUCUCUGUGAGUGUGUUACUUUUUCAUGUGUCUAAACCUACGUGUACAAUUUGUACAGAGUCAGAAAUUACAGCUGUAAUAACACAUCUAGAACAGUGUUAGCCUAUAUUACUCAAACACCCCUGUUCCCCCUUCAUUUACACCCCUAAACUGAUCUGGAUCUUAACUGCAGUGACUUUAGAAGGAGAAGAAACAAAAACACCAAAAUACUUGCCUCUUUGCCUUUCACACUAGCUUCCCUCCACCCAAGAGACCGUGUUGGCUUUUCUUUUUUUGGGAAGAGAUCCAGUUUAAAUUCAAGUGAGGGUGUGGUCAGUGAUGUCUGUGCAGCUAGAUUUGCUUCAGGUAUCGGAUGCCUUUUCAAUCCUAAGAAUGCAACUGCUCAGAGUUGUGACUUCUCGCUUGCUUUUGUGGCUAAAGUCUUAAAAUGAAUCACACAGUCCAUUUUCACUGGAGAGCAGGGAUGUGAGGGAGUUACUGUCCCAUCUCAAUUCAGAAUUACUCCCAGAAGACACUGAAUAGUCGAAAAAUUUUAGCUGCGGUUGUUACUCGCCUUUCAUGAAUGAUCUUUCCUGUUCACAGGUUUAGACAGUUGCCACCCGAACUGUGUCGAAGUGUAUUAAAGGUGACUGAAAAGAGGCCCCUCCAAUUCAGAAUGUAUCCAGUGCCUGUAGGUGAAGGGCUGGCGUUUCCACUCGCUAAAAAAUGGGACACGCGUAGCGGAAAGGAAAUUCAUUGUGAGCCUUAAUUUUAGUUACAGGAGCCAAAAUCUUUAUUUUAGUGCCAACCCUUAUCUUUUUAAGCCUAGGAGGAGUUGGUGUGAACACCAAAUUUAUAAAUGGAGGAAAGCUGUAGUAGUGUGAGGAAUGUAGUCUCUUGUCUGAGAGAAACAAAGCACCUCCAUUAAAAAAAUUAACAAAAUAAGCUUCUUCCUCUGAUGAGGAGGACACACAAUAAUGAGCUAUAUAAGACAGCAACAGUUUAAGAAACCUAAAGCUUUAUAUGAACAGAUAUGUUUAGGGGAUUUUUUUUUUUUUCUUACGUGAGGAAAAAGGCAAUUGUUUUGAAUAUGGUUGAGUUGCACAAGUACGGGGCGUGUGUGUGUCUUAAUGUCUCAGUAUUGCCUUUGUUAGUCUCUUUAUUAGUCCAUGCAGUUUGGUGGCCUGGUAAAUGCAAGUCUUAUUUUUAACAGCUUUCCUUUUUUUUCUUUUUUUUUUCUUUUCUUUUUUUUUUUAAUACAAAACCAUAAAGCUUUAAUGCUUGCUAUUUAAUAAGUAACUGUGUUUUCUUCUGUCUCUAAUUUAGUGGCCAUAAUUUGCAGUUAAUUGAACCAUUCCAACCUAAUGCUUACCCAUAUUUCUUAGUUUUGUUUUAUUUAUUUAUUUGAACUUCUUGUUUUCAUGAUUGAGGACUGUCACUUCUGUCUCAUUCACCUGUUUGGAAACUUCUGACCUUACAGCCAAAACUUAAGUCAUUCUACUCAGUAUUCAUCGUGAUGCUGAAGUGUAAGAUACCUGCAAAUGUAAACACUACCACUUUUAUUAAUAAAAGCAAAUACAGUGUUUUUAGGGCACAUUUGCAUCACUGUAGUUGAGGUUGUGUCAGUAUUUCCAUUGUAAACCUAUGGAGGGUCUUACCUUGGCACUAAACUGCCCUAAGCUGAACCUUUGCCAUACGAGGCUUCUGCCCAAGCGUCAUUUGGUGGGUUGGUUUUCCAACAGUUUCCAACACAAACUCUUGUUUCUGUUUUAAGUUAUACAACUGUUUUGUUGGAUGGGGGUUGGUUUAAAAAGAAAACAGCAUAAAAAAACAACAAACAAACAAACCUGGUUCAAGAUUGUUUUUGGCACUUCUGUAACUCAGAAAUGGUUUUGAUUUUAAAACAACCUUCGGCAAGCCAGUAACCUACAAUAUGGUCUGAUCACUUUGGGUAUUUUGUAAAAAUAAUAAUAAAUUGUAGAGAUGUUGUGGUUUCAAAAUCA